UCUCUCUUCCUCUUGCAUCUACUCAAAUCUCACUUUAUUCUUUAUUCUUUUGGCUUUCUUGAAUGAUCUGUUUCACUUUCCCUACGCUUUACUAUGUUAUAUAUAUAGUUAUAUGAAAAACAAGUCCAGUUUCUGUAAUCAGAUUUGUUUCCAUUUAGCAAGUCUGCUUAUGCUGUAUAGAAAAUGAUAUGGGAAAUAGUUUGAAUUACUUAUACAGUGACUAUUUACUGUUAAAUACGAUUUUCUUACCUGGUUUCUUUAUUUUUUCAGGUUUUUUUAUUAUACUAAUUGAAUUGGAUUCUUUACUUCUUAAACAACUUUUCCGAGCUAGUAUAAAAUCAUCUGGAUCAGUCUGCAUGCACAGAGGAGAAGCAUUCUCAGAUUCAUUUUUAAAAGAUUUUACAAACUUGCAGGUUUUAGCAAUAAUCACUGGGUUAGUGGGUGGACACUGGAGAUCUCAGAUGAUGUUUACUGAGUGUCUGCAGCCCGUUGCAACACGCCUGCGUGUUUGAGCGCUGAGGUAUUUCAAACACACCUGCAGGUGAUGCUGGGAUCGGCACAUUCGGGUCUGGUCUUGUAAGGAGAUGUCAGCCAGGCACAGCUAUAGAUUCCACUGCAGGAGCUGCAUGUCCCAGCUAGCCUGUGGCCCAAUUUAAAAUUGAAAAACACCUGGAUGAAGAAUAUGCAUGACCAACCAACUGCAAUGGCCUUUGUGAAAAUACACUAGCGAGGACUGUAUUCAGAGCCGUCUGCUAAAACUAAAAUAAUAACAAGUUGCUGACGAUAUUGGGCUCCAAGAUGGGCCGGAUUUCUGAUCUGCUCGCCCCCACUGAGUGCCAAGAGCUGCAUCAGGUCCUGACCAACCCAGAGGAGAACAUCCUGGGGGAAGUAGACAGGAUGUCCAAACAAAACAGCAACCUCGACAUUAAUGAGAAACGGAAGAAGCGAUCCAUCACUACCCCUGCAGAGUGUACGAGGAUCAUGAAGGAGUGGCUGGCCUCUGUUGGAAAUAGCAUGUAUUACGACAGACUCGCCAGAGCAUUGCGGAAGAUCGGGAGGUCGGAUGUCUCAAGAGAGAUGGGGAAGAACAUCAACCAAGACAAGUCCCUGGGGAUGAAGAAGUAUGUGGAGGACUUCCAGAAGGGGGUGGAAGCCAUGCAGUCUUCCAUGAUAGCACCUGACUCGCACAAGUCUGCAGACAAGCUCCGUAGGGAAAGAGAAUUGCUGGAGACGAACUGGGCUGACUUGGAGCUGAUCAUUGAGAGGCAGCAGCUGCCUCCGUACCCCAGGAAGCUCUUUGAUGGGAUUCAACCCCUGAUUUACGGGAUCUUCUAUGGCUUUUCCGGGGUGUUUCUUAUCGGCUGGAUUGCUAUCUUCUUCUCCAUUAGGAUCACAGAACAAGACUUUGAGGAACUGUUAAUGCGCUCAGCCUCCAGGAAGAAGCCCCGUCGUUCCCAGAGGCUGCAUCACCCAGCCGAGCUUCCAUCCUCUUCUGAUGAGGACAAGAGUGAAGACCACGAGAGAGAGCCCCCGAAGGGCAGGAAACCUGCAAAGAGAUUCCGAGACUACUUCCCUGCCUUCAACCUCGGCAAAACAAAUACUGGAAAGUUUGGUGUUGACGUGACUCUGUGAAUGAAUAGUCGUCUUAGUAAAUACUGUGGUGAGAUGAUUGUUUUCAUCUAUCUGCUAUGCAGAGACACAGUGGCGAUACGAAUUUUGACGUUUCCCUUUUGUUACGUGCUGUAAGCCUAGAAAGAAGCCUAGAAACAGCACUACACAUGAAUUUAAUGUAAAUACAAGUUUAAUUAUACUAAAAAGCUACUCCAGUG